AUGGCGACCCUGGCGGAGAAGCUCGAGAAGAUCAAGUCUCCGAAGCUGCAGAAUCAGCACCAUACGGCUGUGGUGCUCUCUGCGGUGGAAGAUACACUUCGCGACCAAAAGGCAGAUUUUUCCGCGACAGCUUAUUUCGCAGCGCUUCUUGCGUUGUUGGCGCAGUCCGUGUCAGCUACUCAGGGUAUUGUCAACAAAGAUUUAGCAACCUCCGUCGUCUACCUGCUCGAUAUCACAACGGAAUACGUCCCUGCGCCCAUCCUCCGCUCGAAGUUCUCUCAGAUCCUCACCAGCCUUGCUCCCGCGCUCUCUCUGCCGGAAGUCGAUGCUCCUCUUCUCAGACCAUCGAUUGGCUGCCUCGAAUCGCUGCUCAUCGCCCAGGAUGCUGCCUCAUGGAACCUCCCGCACACACAAAUUGGCCCGCGUCGAGCGAUUGCGGGACUGUUGAGUCUGGCGGUGGACCACCGACCCAAGGUCCGGAAGAGGGCGCAGGAAGCUCUCAUCAAGGUCCUCAAGAACCCUCCCCCCAGCCCUUCGCUCGACCACCCCGCGGCGGACAUGUGCGCAGAGACAGGACUACGGACACUGGGCGAUAGCAUCGCGGCUGCGGCCAAGCACAAACGGGGGCGUCAUGAUGCGAACAGCCGGGAGAACCACGAUCCCCUGGUAAUCCACUCCCUCCAGCUGGUGAAGACGAUCGCGACCGCAUCGGGAGGCUGGCCAAGCAAGAAGAUUGAGCCGCUUUGUGAGUUGCUGAUGAAUGCGUCUCGGUCCAGCAACGAGUUCAUCACAAUGGGUGCUUUUGAAGUCUUUGAAGUCAUCUUCUCCAGCAUGGCGGAUGAAUUUUCGUCUUCGAAGCUGCCCCGUCUUCUAGAUGCUAUCUCCGAGCUCAAACCCGCUCAGAACGAUUCGCAGCUGCUCCCUCCCUGGAUUGCGGUAUUGUCCCGUGGAUAUGAUGUGUCUGCACAGAUCAACCCAGAGGAUACGUUUGAAAAAUUGCCGGCUCUGUUUAACAUGAUUUCGGGCUACCUUGCUUCGCCCUCGAUGAACAUCCGUGUUUCCGCCUCGGAAUGCCUGAUCUCUUUUUUGGCCAACUGCAUCCCCAAGAAUGUCAUUCUCGAGCCUUCAGUCUACGAUGAAAAGACCCUCGAGAAGCUUGCCAAAGCUGCAAAAGACCUCCUUUCAGUGAAGUACCAAGCGGCAUGGGCUGAGGUGUUCAAAGUCUGCUCUGCAAUGUUCGACAGCUUCAAGUGGCGGUCGAGCCCGUUCCUUGACGAUAUUGUCAAGAUAAUUGGGGACCUACGCAGUAAUGAGUCGUUCCAUGGAAAGAAGCAGGCUGACGAGGUCCUCGGCAGUGCCGUUGAAGCUAUGGGCCCUGCGGCGGUACUGGAAAUCCUUCCUUUGAAUAUCAUUCAGCAGAAGAAUGGCCAGCCCGGUCGCGUGUGGUUUCUUCCGAUUCUUAGAGACAGCGUUACCAACACCAAUCUCGCUCACUUCCGCUCUGAGCUUGUUCCUCUGAGCGAAGCAUUGUACCAAAAGGUCGUCGACUAUGGGGCUGCGGAGAAGACCGUUGAGAAGAAGAUUUUCGAGACGCUCGUGCAGCAGACCUGGGCCAUUCUUCCUGGCUACUGCGAGCUUCCUCUAGAUUUGGUCGAGGCUUUCGAUCAAAGUUUUGCAGAACUCUUGUCCAACGUUCUUUAUAAACAAACCGAGCUGCGUGUUGAUAUAUGCAAUGCCUUGCAGACCCUAGUCGAGUCGAAUCAAGCUAUUUUGUCCAUUGAGUCCGAAGAGGACGACCUGAUUCUCCAGAGGAGGAUCACAAAAGCGACUGCGAAGAAGAACAUUGCCCACUUGGCUGGUUUUGCUAGCAAUUUACUCGCUGUGCUGUUCAACGUCUACAGCCAGACACUCCCGCAUUACAGAGGCUACAUUCUGCAGUGUAUCAAUGCUUAUUUGAGCAUUACCCCCGAAAAGGAGCUCAAUGAAACAUUUGCGCGUGUUACCUCUAUGCUCGAGUCCUCUGUGGUGUCAGAGCAGGAAGCAGCCAAGCAGGGCAACCAGCAGACCGGCUCUGGCGACAAGAUGCCUCCCACUUCUCACACUCUGAUCGACUUGGUCAUUGCCAUGUCGAUCUACCUGCCCCGCUCAAGCUUUGCAAGCCUGUUCGCACUUGCUGCAGCUAUUUUGAAUGGUCAAACGACCGAUCAGCAACUGAUUAAGAAAGCUUACAAACUAAUUCCCCGCUUGGCGACCACGGAGACUGGCCGCACUGCUCUCCUUGAGCGCAGUGCAGAGCUUCAGUCUCUCAUGCUUGAGACGGCAGACAAGACGCCCGCCUCUGCCCGUCGGGAUCGAAGCCUAGCUAUCUACGAGCUGAUUACCUACCUCCCAACAUCUGAUCUACACUUUAUUCCUUCCAUCCUCUCAGAGGUUGUUCUGGGUUGCAAAGAGAGUAACGAGAAAGCCCGGACAGCCUCCUUUGACCUUCUCAUCCACCUUGCUAAGCGGACCAUUGAUUCCGACCGGAACCCGCCAGGAACUAAGAUUCGCAACUCUCUGGUGCCUCAUAUGCCCAACGACGCCCCCGAUGCCCCAGCGACAAUCGAGGAGUUUUUCACUAUGGUCUCCGCUGGUUUGGCUGGUAGCUCGCCGCACAUGGUCGCUGCCUCCGUCACAGCCUUAUCCCGCCUUUUCUUUGACUUUCACACUCAACUCGAGCCCUCGGUCCGCAUUGACCUGGUCCAGACAGUGGAGUUGUUCCUUACAAGCAACAACCGGGAAAUCGUUCGGUCCGUCCUCGGCUUCGUCAAGGUUGCUGUUGUCGUCCUCCCCGACGACGUUCUGCGUCCCCGCCUGAAUACUCUAGUCCCCAAUCUCAUGGUUUGGAACAAGGAGCACAAGGGUCGUCUCCGCAGUAAAGUCAAGGGUAUUUUGGAUCGCUUGAUCCGCCGGUUUGGCGCUCCUCUUAUUGAAGGACUGGUCGGCGAGGCCGACCGCAAAUUGGUGGUCAAUAUCCGGAAGCAGCGCGAGCGCCGCAAGCGCAAGAAGAAGGAAGGCGAAGGCGCCGGUGACGAAGACGAGGAGGACGAGGCGGCCGACAACGCCGGCAAAGCCGCCUACAGCAACGCUUUCGACAAGGCCGUCUACGACUCAGAUUUCUCCGAUUCUGAGGACGACGCCAGCGAGAUCGAGGUCGACGAGCAAGGUAACACCCACGUUCGCGGCCGCAAGGGCAAGAAGGGCAAGCAGAACGAGCAGUACAUCCGUGAGAUGUCCCCGGAGGACAACCCGCUGGAUCUCCUGGCUCCCGACGCGUUGGCCAGCAUCUCUACCACCAAGCCCAGCGUCCGCUUCCUCAAUACCGGCCCCGGCUCCCGGAAAAAGCAUGCCGCCAAGUUCGGCCCGGACGGCCGCCUCCUCAUCGGCGAUGCGGAGAACGACGACGUCGACAUGUCCGGUGCACCUGGCGGCGACGCCGCCCCAGGCGAGAGCGGCAUCAACGCCUACCUGGCCGCCGUCAGCGGACCCGACGCCAUCCGCCGCGGCCAAAAGGGCCGUCUCAAGAUGUCUCAGGCCCAGAAGAAGAAGAACAGCGGCGGCGACGGCAUGGACCUCGACGACAACGACAACGACGACGAAGCCCCGGCCUCCGCAUCCAACCAUGGCAAGGGCCCGCAGUCCACCCGUCGCGGGCUCGGAGUGCCCAAGACACAUGGCCCCAGCGCCAACGGCCGGAUCCAGAAACGGAGAAAUCCUCCCAGGGGGGGAAGACAGAGCGGACGCGGCGGCAUCCGUGUUGGGAAGAGACGGUGA